AUGUUCCUUCUGUUCUGCCGCAUGGCGUCGUCUUCGGCUAAGCCGACGCGGCUGCAGAAGCUAGUCGAGGCUGCCUACACGGCCCACUCGACCAUUGCGGCCUUGGACCGCCACUUCAAUCUUUUCCGUCCAUCAGUGCACAAAGUGGUCGAUUUGGGUUUUGCCCCGGGCCACUGGCUCACGUACGCGCGGGACGAGCUUCUGCACGUGCACGGCGUCGCCGCCGAACGCAUUGCCGACAAGUGCACGUUGAUCGGCCUCGAUCUUCUCUUUGCCCAGCCUCCGGCAGGCACCAUUUGCACCCAGGGCAAUGUGUUUUCCGAGUCUGCACACCGCGCGGUGGUGGAGUUGCUCCAGGACGCGGCGAUGCGGCGGCUCCGGGCGCUCAGCGAGCCUGAGCUGUACAUCCAGAAGGAGGCGGCAGAGACAGAGCUUGAAAGCGAGGUGAGCCACUUGACGCGGGCGUUUGGCGACUUGGCGGUGGCGGACCCGCUCCACAAGUUGAUGGGGCCCAAGAUGUACCAGGCGGACGUUGUUCUAGCGGACUUGGGCGCGCCGUUUCUCCAGGAGCUGGGCUUUUUCAACAACACCCAUAGUCGCCCGUAUAUCCGGGGAAGCAGGCUUCGUGUGCCGGAGAAAGGCGCCAUCGACAUGGCAGAGGCGGCGCUUCUUUUGUGCUGCACGGCGCUCGGGAAAAACGGCACGUUUGUCGUGCGCUUGGCCCGUGUGGAUUUGGCAGACCCGGAGCUUGGGCUUUUGGAGCGGCGCUUGGACAGAGUUUUUGCCAACGUCACACGAUGGCCCAGCAAGCCGCCUGUGGGCAUUGACGACUUGUACUUUGUGUGCGAGAACAAGCGAGAUUACAUGGCCGACAAGUACGAGGUGUUUGAUGUCAAGAGGGGAAGUGAGGAUGAAUGA